AUGCAGGUUGAUGCCGCAAGAACUGGUCUGGAACUCUCCGGCUCUGCCAUUAUCUGCAUGGCCACAAUGCAGACUGUUGAGAAUACGCAAAGCGCUAUUGUCCGUAUCACGUCGACUGUGGGUCUCGUGCAGCUCAAUCUGGAGGAGUUGCAGUUCUCCUCAGGCAUCUGCGCUUGCCAAAAUGAGGGCGUUUGCACAUAG